CCAGUCGUAAUGUGGAAGAAAGAAAAUAGGAAUUCUCAAAAUAUCGUGUUUUCAUCUAAAGAAACACUUAAAAAUGACAUCCAAGGAGAGAUGAUCGGAAAUUUAUCUGAGAAGAACUGCACCACAGUCCUGUAUAAUAUUACGAAGUACAGGACUGAUCAUUAUUUCCUUAGGAUUGAAGGCACCGGUAAACUUAAGUAUAAUUAUGAUGCGAAUGUGAACAUUGAUGUCAAAGACUCCCCACCCAGCCCCCAGGUCACCAUAAACAGGGACAUGGUGAAGGAGGGGGACUCUGUGACUCUGAGGGAGGGGGACUCUGUGACUCUGACCUGCUCGGCUCCAGCUCCCUGUCCAUCACUCCCCCCGACUCUGUCAUGGACCCCCAGGCUGAGUGACAGUGUCACUGUAUUUCAGGAGAAUGAUGAUCACACUAAAAAUGGAUCUUCUGUUAUGACCUUUACUGCCUCACAUCUCCUCCAUAAGCAGGAAGUCAAAUGUACAGCAGUUUACAGGCUCCAAGCAGAUAACAGUGAGAGGACAUCCCACACAACUGUAACUCUCAGUGUUCAGUAUUCUCCUAAAAACACUUCGGUGUUAAUUGGAAAAGACGGGAGUCUAACCUGCAGCAGUGAUGCCAACCCAGCAGUGAACAAUUACACCUGGUAUAAAGUGACUGGGAGUGAAAUUGAAGUUGUUUCAUACACACAGACCCUCACCUGUAAUAUCACUGAGGUCAGUGGACAGUAUUACUGUCAGGCUCAGAAUGAACACGGCCUGCAGAAUUCAAGCACUGUGCAGCUCCACUGUGAAUCUGUCAAAGCUCCGCCCACUUUGAUUGGCGCUGCUGCAGGGGCUGCUGGGAUGAUUCUCACCUGCAUCCUACUGACAAUUAUUCUCAAGAAACGCUGCACCAGACAGAAUCAUGGCAGUAAGACACAGGAAACAGGAGAAUUAACACUGACAAACCAGCGUGAAAAUGACACUCCAGUCGUCCACCAUGCCAGCGCUGACCACGGUGGAUGGGCCGAAGAGGAAACAGAAAUCAUCCAAGGGAGCUUCCAGAGCACUGAGGCCAACCUUAUUACUCGAAAAGAGCUGGAAGACACAGAUGUGAAGUCUGAGGUCCAGGAGGAACAGGAGCAGUAUGUCAAUGUCUUGAGGGUCAAGCCUGAACCCAAUGAUAAGAAGAAAACCCGGCAACCUGAGCAUCGAGAUGUUUCUGGAUGUGGUUUCAGAGCCCAGGAUUCUACAGUGACCCAGAAGAGAAAAACUAAACUUGGGGUGGAACAAGAGACAAUGGAGGACAGGAAGAGCUCAGGGCCAGAUGAUCAGCUGAACACACUUGAAUCAAAGGAGGAAGCAACAUAUGGGAACAUCUGCCAUCAGCUGGGCACCAAAGGUCCAGAGAAGAGGUCUGCUACAGUGGAAGCUUCUGGGAAUAAGCGGCAAAGAGGUGCUUCUAAGGGUCAAAAAGAUGAUUAUGUUAUUGUUUUAGAAGAGAGGGGAACCAAUGAGAGUGAAUAUGCAGUAGUGAAGAAGGACAAAAUUAUGCAGUAGAAAAUCCAUCCAAACUGGUUCAUGGUUUUCAUGCGAUAGAAGUGAACUUCUACACAACGUGUUUUGGAAAUAUUGAAAUGGGAAAAAAGAAAUCACAUAUUUGAUAUCACAUUGUUACUGCAAUAAUGCAUAAUACCCACAAAAUGAGGAAGUGGCAGCAGUUAAUGCACUCUGGCUGCGUCUGAAUUCAGCGGCUGCAUUUGAAGACCAGAUUCAUCACAGAGGUGCAGCAAGGCUUGCAGUGGGCUUUUCAGCUCCAAAACUAUAUUUAGCAAGAUGUCUGGCACUCAUUUUUGAAUGCAGUAACAAAUAACUUCAUGAUGUGAUAGAAGUAUGCUAGAACAAUAUUAACACACAGAAUCAAGAUUUGGUUGCAAGAAAGUGGAAACUAGUGGCAUUAAUUUUUAGAAAAUGAAAGAUUCUUUGUUUGGGUAAUGUUUAUUAAUUUGAUUAAUGUAAAACAUUCAGCAAAAACUAUUUACACGUAUAAAUGUUGCAAAUUAUCCUUAAAGUAUCCAAUAAAAAAAUAAGCAAUUAGUAAGGCUUACACAUAGAAAGUAUCGCAAAAAAGUGAUACUUCUACAGUACAAUGCAUAACUAAUCAAUUUUCCUUUCCAAGCUCCUCCUUCUUGUCUCUUUCACACACAGACGCACACAAGUCACACUGACCAUGAUGAAGGGAAAAGUACAGUAUGUAUCCUCACAGUCUUCACAAACAUACUGCAUAAUAACACCUAUUAGUUGUGUCAUUGGCAUUUUUGAGUUGAUUUUUUCUUUAUU